CGCAGCCAUGCGCUCAUCAGUAAGCGACAAAGAUGGCCGCCUCUGGGCUGUUCCGCUCCCUGUCGUCCAACUUUUCCACAGUUUUGCCUUUACUUUCCCGCUCGGCGCCGCUGUCUCCUUUGCGGCUGGCAUCUAAACCUUAUUUUCGAAGAACACUAGCUUUUUCUAGCCGAUUAGCAGCAGCACUUAAAUUCACAGACAAGCACGAAUGGAUUCGAGUAGAAGACGACGGAAUAGGCACCGUCGGGAUCAGCAACUUUGCUCAAGAGGCUCUGGGAGAUGUAGUUUACUGUGGACUGCCGGAGGUUGGAACACAGCUGGCUCAGGAAGAUGAGUUUGGAGCCCUGGAAAGUGUAAAGGCAGCCAGUGAGCUCUAUUCGCCUUUGACGGGAGAAGUUGUAGAGGUCAAUACAUUGCUGGCGGACAACCCUGGGCUGGUCAACAAAUCUUGCUAUAAAGAUGGUUGGCUGAUGAAAAUGACCAUCACAAACCCUGCAGAACUCAACACUCUGAUGGAUGAAACGGCUUAUGAGAGAUAUAUCCGUUCUAUUGAGGAGUAACUGAACACCUUCAAACAAGUGCUAUACUCCCUCUCUCCUUCGCAACACACCUGUCAGGGAGAAGCAUAAGAUGUGCUUGUGUCAGUUAUAACACUAUGCUUAGCAUCCACCAGUGGAGCUGAAAAGCUCUGGGUUGCUGCCCUGACAGUGUUGUAGAGCUGUGAACAUUAGGAAUCCUUUAUCUACUGUUAAAGACUGAAUUUAGGGGACCUACCAGUCUGCAUGGACUAAACAUCCAAUGUUGGGUUCGUGCAGCCUAAAACUCCCAACAGAAGCCACAGUGUCUCUAAGUCAACAGAACGGUUUCCAAGUAUUCAUAAACUUGAAUUUCUGUUCCAAGAUAUUGUUAGACUAUAAAAAGCACUUUGCCAUUAUUAAUUUUGUGUCUGCACUACAUGUGUGCCAGCUGUACUGUUGAAAUGGGACCUGUAAGCUAGAAAAUAAACAUUUCCUUACAAAGUU